AUGUCACAAGGCGAAGAUGCCGUCGGCACCUACGAGAAAUGGGAUUUUGCCGAGGGGACGGAGUUGGAGAAGGAAGAGCAGAGGAAACCUAAAGGAGCCUUGUCUCCCGAGAGAGCUGUUGUGCUGCUGUACAUGCUUCUGGCCCUCACCUUCGUGCUCUUCAUGGCUCUCACCAUCGUGAACCUCCAGAGAGUAUCCGCGGUGUGGGAGGUGUUGGAACAAGCCCGGAUACGGAGCGAGAACAGCCACACAACGGCGUGGCACAACCUCUCGGAGGUCCAGCGCGCCCUCGUGUCACAAGAAGUGGAGAACGUGCGGUGGAAGAUGACACAGUGCAAAGAGGAGUGCGGGAAGGAGCUGUCAGAUCGCCUCCGUGUCCUGGAGGAAAGGGACGGGCUGGAGCCAGUGCUGCGGCAGCUGGCAGAGGUGAAGCAGGAGCAGAGCCGCGUGUCGGCGCUCCUUGACGUGGCGCUGGAGGAGAUGCGCAACCUCUCAGAAAUUAUCUGCACGAGGUGCCCCGCUGGCUGGCAGCAGUUUGACAAAACCUGCUAUUUCUUCUCUUCCACCACCAAACCUUGGCUGGCCGCUAAAGAAUUCUGCGCCAACUUCAGUAGCCAUCUGGCCAUCGUCAACACUGAGCAGGAAAAUAAAUUUCUGGCAAAUCACAUCAUGGACAAUCGGGUGUUUUGGCUGGGUCUGACCGACAUGCACACAGAAGGCAACUGGCAGUGGGUGGACGGCCGCAUCCUCUCUCUCUCGUACGUUUUUAGCCUCAUCGGAGGGUUCUGGAACAGCGGGGAACCCAACAAUGUGGGCCACCAGGGCGAGGACUGUGCCACCAUCUAUUCCAGUGGCCACUGGAACGACGCUACCUGUUCCAACGCCGAGACUUGGGUCUGUGAGCGCAGCUGCUAG